CAGAGAGAGGGAGACUGAUUCAGAUUCAGAGCAGUAUGCUCAUUCUGUGGUAACAUCUCACUGUGUAUCAAUGUGUGCAGCCUGAGGUAUUGUGUCCCGUUACAGCACCUGAGCAGAAACUCAUAUCCCAAGAUGCAGUGGUGUAGGUGGGCUGGCAGCUGGAGAUCACACCUACCAGGACAGUCUGCAGGGCCGGAGAUUGAGGACUCUUUUGACUUUCUUUUCAAAAUCAUCCUGGUUGGGGACUCAGAUGUGGGGAAAACAUGUGUGGUCCAGAGCUUCAAGUCUGGCAUAUUCAUUGAGAAGCAGCAAAACACAAUUGGGGUUGACUUUACCGUCCGCACCCUGGACAUCGAUGGUAAGAAAGUGAAGAUGCAGGUAUGGGACACCGCAGGACAGGAGCGUUUCCGCACCAUUACUCAGAGCUACUACCGUAGUGCCCACGGCGCCAUGGUGGCCUAUGACAUCACACGCCGCGCCACAUUUGAAUCUGUUCCCCACUGGAUCAGGGAGGUGGAGCAGUUUGGAGCCGCCAGUGUGGUACUCAUCCUCAUUGGUAACAAGUCAGACCUUGAGGCUCAGAGGCAGGUGUUGUUCGAGGACGCGUGUACUCUGGCAGAGAACAACAAUGUGCUCGCGGCUCUGGAAACCUCUGCCAAGGAGGCCCAAAACGUUGAGGCGGCCUUCGUCCUCAUGGCCCGGGAGCUGCUGGCACGCAAUGGCAUGACCAUCAUAGACGAGAUUUCCCAAGACUCGCCUCAAUUCAUGCUGAGUAACAGCUCUCACCCGGUCCACGGCGCUGGGUCUGCAGAUAAAAAGUGUGGGUGCUGAGUGGACUCAAGCAGUGAUGUAUUGUUGUAAGUGUUGCCAGUUUAGGAGAAACUACGUGUGUGACACUGUGUGUGUGAAAGUUUUGUACAUAUCUUGACUUUUAAUAUUUAUACAGUUAGUUGAAUCAGUAACACAGGUUUUAAAUGGCGGUGGCUUAUCAAAUGUAUUUUGUAGUAUUCUCGAGGAUAACUGCUGCUGAAUGUGAUAGUGACUAGAGCAUUACAAACCACACCUCUGCUGGAGGACUCUGUGCUAAGACUGUGCAAACGUAUACAGAUGGUGUCACUUGACAAGCAGUGUUUUGUGUCUUUUUUAAUUGUUCUUUAGUAUAGUAUGGCUUUUUCAAGUACAUUAACCAGAGUUCCACAGUUUUAACCUACAGUUUAAGUCACUUGCAAAUCAUACUUUGUUAAAUCUGUCAGUUACAAAUAAAACAAACCAGCACCGUGUGAAAUUUUCAGUAGUGCUGCAGCUGCAGUCGCAAAAGUCUUCGAUUACAGACAUUCACAUAAAAAAAAACUAAAAAUUUCAGUGCUUUAACUAUUCAGCGGAAAAAAUAGCACCUUUUUUCAUUCCUGUUGAAACUGUGGUACUUUGUAUCAUUCUGACAAUUUCACAAAAUAAUACCAAAAUAAAAUUAGCAUUCUCUCCAUUGCAGCUAAAAACAAAACUGAGGUACUAAACUUAAACCUGGCCACUUAAUCUCUUAUGCAUCCAUGGUUACACAUUCACCCUUGCUUAAAAACAAAUCAAGCUGAAAUAUUAUAGCAGUAAAAACAAACAGCAGGACUGGUCUAGUAAGGAGUUGCUGGAGUGGGGGUAUGUUUUGGAAAGGCAAGAUGACCCAGUUAGGUAGAUGGUUGUGCAAAAAAAAAAAUCCAUCUUUAUCUGGAAAAUGGACAGUGUCACAGAUGAACCAGGCUAUUUCUGGAUCAAUCUGAACAUUAUCCAAUUUAAAGUGUAACUAUGUUUAAAUUCUCAUCCAUAAACUUGCAGAUAAAAGUCUGAGAGUACUAAAAAUGUUUGUAACUCUACACUUACACUUCUUAACAAUCGACGUGCGUUGAAAAAGAGAAAGCUGAUAUAGAUUGUGUCGUACAAAUACAAGAAAGGGCACAUGUAGAACUACAUAAACUUGAGUCCUUCACACAUACAUGUAGGUAUGGCCCUUGGAAACAGUGAUG